AGCCAGCCGCAGGCAGCCAGCCCCGCAGGCAGCCAGCCCCGUCCUCUUCCUCUCCUUGCUACAGGCUCACAACUCACAGAGCGCAACCUGCCAUUGGACUGCUGCACACAUGGGAUCCUUGGGUUCGCUCUGGGUUUUCUUCACUCUCAUCACUCCAGGAGUUCUUGGUCAGUGUAAGUUGCUGCCAAAGUAUUCUUUUGCUAAACCUUCUAUUGUGAGUGAUAAAUCUGAGUUUGCCAUUGGAACAACUUGGGAAUACAAAUGUCGCCCUGGGUAUUUUAGGAAGUCAUUUAUUAUCACCUGCUUAGAAACCUCCAAGUGGUCAGAUGCUCAGCAGUUCUGUAAACGUAAACCAUGUAUGAAUCCUCAAGAACCCCUCCAUGGUUCUGUGCAUAUAAACACGGGUAUCGAGUUUGGGUCAACAAUUACGUAUUCUUGUAAUCAAGGAUAUCGACUCAUUGGUGACUCGUCUGCUACAUGUAUUGUAUCAGACAAUACUGUAAUGUGGGAUAAUGAUAUGCCUCUUUGUGAAUCUAUUCCUUGUGAGUCACCUCCAGCCAUCUCCAAUGGAGACUUCUACAGCAGCAGCAGAGACAGCUUUUUCUAUGGGAUGGUAGUAACUUAUUAUUGCCAUACCGGAAAGAAUAGGGAAAAACUGUUUGAUCUGGUGGGUGAGAAGUCAAUAUAUUGUACCAGCAAAGACAAUCAAGUUGGCAUCUGGAAUAGUCCACCUCCUCAGUGUAUUCCUAGAGUCAAGUGCCCAAUGCCAGAAAUUGAAAAUGGACUAGUGGAGUCUGGAUUUAAACACUCCUUCUUCUUAAAUGAUACAGUAAUAUUUAAGUGCAAAUCUGGCUUUACCAUGAAAGGCAGCAGAAUAGCAUGGUGCCAGCCAAACAGCAAAUGGAGCCCUCCAUUGCCAACAUGCUUCAUGGGAUGUCUACCACCUCAAAAUAUCCUCCAUGGUGAUUAUAACAAAAAGGAUGAGUUCUUCUCUGUUGGCCAGAAAGUGUCAUAUAGCUGUAACCCUGGCUAUACUCUCAUUGGAACUAACCUCGUGGAGUGUACAUCCUUGGGAACCUGGAGCAAUACAGUCCCGACAUGUGAAGUGAAAUCAUGUGAUGCAAUUCCAAACCAUCUUCUCCAUGGCCGUGUGUUUCUUCCCCCUAAUCUCCAGCUUGGGGCAGAGGUUUCCUUUGUUUGUGACUUAGGGUUCCAGUUAAAAGGCAAACCUUCUAGUCAGUGUAUCCCAGAAGGAGAGACAGUAAUCUGGAAUAAUAAGUUUCCUGUCUGUGAACAGAUUUCUUGUGACCCUCCUCCUGAAGUCAAAAAUGCUCGGAAACCCUAUUAUUCUCUUCCCAUAGUUCCUGGAACUGUUCUGAGGUACACUUGUUCACCUAGCUACCGCCUCAUUGGAGAAAAGGCUAUCUUUUGUAUAAGUGAAAAUCAAGUGCAUGCCACCUGGGAUAAAGCUCCUCCUAUAUGUGAAUCUGUGAAUAAAACCAUUUCUUGCUCAGAUCCCAUAGUACCAGGGGGAUUCAUGAAUAAAGGAUCUAAGGCACCAUUCAGACAUGGUGAUUCUGUGACAUUUACCUGUAAAGCCAACUUCACCAUGAAAGGAAGCAAAACUGUCUGGUGCCAGGCAAAUGAAAUGUGGGGACCAACAGCUCUGCCAGUCUGUGAGAGUGAUUUCCCUCUGGAGUGCCCAUCACUUCCAACGAUUCAUAAUGGACACCACACAGGACAGCAUGUUGACCAGUUUGUUGCGGGGUUGUCUGUGACAUACAGUUGUGAACCUGGCUAUUUGCUCACUGGAAAAAAGACAAUUAAGUGCUUAUCUUCAGGAGACUGGGAUGGUGUCAUCCCGACAUGCAAAGAGGCCCAGUGUGAACAUCCAGGAAAGUUUCCCAAUGGGCAGGUAAAGGAACCUCUGAGCCUUCAGGUUGGCACAACUGUGUACUUCUCCUGUAAUGAAGGGUACCAAUUACAAGGACAACCCUCUAGUCAGUGUGUAAUUGUUGAACAGAAAGCCAUCUGGACUAAGAAGCCAGUAUGUAAAGAAAUUCUCUGCCCACCACCUCCACCUGUUCGUAAUGGAAGUCAUACAGGCAGCUUUUCAGAAAAUGUACCAUAUGGAAGCACAGUUACCUACACCUGUGACCCAAGCCCAGAGAAAGGCGUGAGCUUCACUCUUAUUGGAGAGAAGACUAUCAAUUGUACUACUGGUAGUCAGAAGACUGGGAUCUGGAGUGGCCCUGCUCCAUAUUGUGUACUUUCAACUUCUGCAGUUCUGUGUUUACAACCGAAGAUCAAAAGAGGGCAAAUAUUAUCUAUUUUGAAAGAUAGUUAUUCAUAUAAUGACACUGUGGCAUUUUCUUGUGAACCUGGCUUCACCUUGAAGGGCAACAGGAGCAUUCGAUGCAAUGCUCAUGGCACAUGGGAGCCACCGGUACCAGUGUGUGAAAAAGGAUGUCAGGCUCCUCCUAAAAUUAUCAAUGGGCAAAAAGAAGAUAGUUACUUGCUCAACUUUGACCCUGGUACAUCCAUAAGAUAUAGCUGUGACCCUGGCUAUUUACUGGUGGGAGAGGACACUAUACAUUGCACCCCUGAGGGGAAGUGGACACCCAUUACUCCCCAGUGCACAGUUGCAGAGUGUAAGCCAGUAGGACCACAUCUCUUUAAGAGGCCUCAGAAUCAGUUUAUUAGGACAGCUGUUAAUUCUUCUUGUGAUGAAGGGUUCCAGUUAAGUGAGAGUGCUUAUCAACUGUGUCAAGGUACAAUUCCUUGGUUUAUAGAAAUCCGUCUUUGUAAAGAAAUCACCUGCCCACCACCUCCUGUUAUACACAACGGGACACAUACAUGGAGUUCCUCAGAAGAUGUCCCAUAUGGAACUGUGGUCACAUACAUGUGCUAUCCUGGGCCAGAGGAAGGCGUAAAAUUCAAACUCAUCGGGGAGCAAACCAUCCACUGUACAAGUGACAGCAGAGGAAGAGGCUCCUGGAGUAGCCCUGCUCCUCUCUGUAAACUUUCCCUCCCAGCUGUCCAGUGCACAGACGUUCAUGUUGAAAAUGGAGUCAAGCUCACUGACAAUAAAGCCCCAUAUUUCUACAAUGAUAGUGUGAUGUUCAAGUGUGAUGAUGGAUAUAUUUUGAGUGGAAGCAGUCAGAUCCGGUGUAAAGCCAAUAAUACCUGGGAUCCUGAAAAACCACUUUGUAAAAAAGAAGGAUGUGAGCCUAUGAGAGUACAUGGCCUUCCAGAUGAUUCACAUAUAAAACUAGUGAAAAGAACCUGUCAAAAUGGGUACCAGUUGACUGGAUAUACUUAUGAGAAGUGUCAAAAUGCUGAGAAUGGGACUUGGUUUAAAAAGAUUGAAGUUUGUACAGUUAUUCUCUGUCAACCUCCACCAAAAAUUGCAAAUGGUGGUCACACAGGCAUGAUGGCAAAGCACUUCCUAUAUGGAAAUGAAGUUUCUUAUGAAUGUGAUGAAGGGUUCUAUCUUUUGGGAGAGAAAAGUUUGCAGUGCGUAAAUGAUUCUAAAGGUCAUGGCUCUUGGAGUGGACCUCCACCACAAUGCUUACAAUCUUCUCCUCUAACUCAUUGCCCCGAUCCAGAAGUCAAACAUGGUUACAAACUCAAUAAAACUCAUUCUGCAUUUUCUCAUAAUGACAUAGUACAUUUUGUCUGCAAUCAAGGCUUCAUCAUGAACGGCAGCCACUUGAUAAGGUGUCAUACUAAUAACACAUGGUUACCAGGUGUACCAACUUGUAUCAGAAAGGCUUCUUUAGGGUGUCAGUCUCCAUCCACAAUCCCCAAUGGGAAUCAUACUGGUGGGAGUAUAGCUCGAUUUCCCCCUGGAAUGUCAGUCAUGUACAGUUGCUACCAAGGCUUCCUUAUGGCUGGAGAGGCACGUCUUAUCUGUACUCAUGAGGGUACCUGGAGUCAACCUCCCCCUUUUUGCAAAGAGGUAAACUGUAGCUUCCCUGAAGAUACAAAUGGAAUCCAGAAGGGAUUUCAACCUGGGAAAACCUAUCGAUUUGGGGCUACUGUGACUCUGGAAUGUGAGGAUGGGUAUACCUUGGAGGGAAGUCCCCAGAGCCAGUGCCAGGAUGACAGCCAAUGGAACCCUCCCUUGGCUCUUUGCAAAUACCGGUCAACUAUUCCUCUUAUUUGUGGUAUUUCUGUGGGCUCAGCACUUAUCAUUUUGAUGAGUGUCGGCUUCUGUAUGAUAUUAAAACACAGAGAAAGCAAUUAUUAUACAAAGACAAGACCCAAAGAAGGAGCUCUUCAUUUAGAAACACGAGAAGUAUAUUCUAUUGAUCCAUAUAACCCAGCAAGCUGAUGACAUGACAAAUCAAGAUGUAGAACUCUCAGCUACCUCUUCAGCACCAUAUCUGCUUACAUGCCACCAAGCUACCCUCCACGACAAUAAUGGACUAAACCUCUGAUUUGUAAGCCAGCCCCAAUUAAAUGUUUUUCUCUAUAAGAGUUGUCAAAGUUAUGGUGUCUCUUCACAGCAAUAGAAACCCAAAAUAAGACAGAAGUUGAAACUAGGGACUGGGGUAUUGUUGUGAUAGACCUGACCAUGCUUUUGUUUGGAGACAUGUGGACUUUGGGUUUGGAAAGCAGUGGAAUGCUUUAAGCACAGUUUAAUAGACCACCCUAGAAGGAGCACAGAAGACAAUGAUGUUUAGGGUGAUUUGAACUAUGAGGGCCUGGUUCAAGAGGUUUCAGAUAAGAAGAACUUUAGUAUGUGGCCUACAGAUUGUUCUUGUGAUAUUUCAGAGAAGGUAGUGGCUGCUCUCUGCUCUUGUCAAAAAAAAAAAAAAAAAAAUUGCCCAUGGCUAAAUGGAAGAGUUUGGAUAAAUUUUAUGUUGGCAAAGGAGAUCUCAGAACAGUCUAGAUUGACUCUGUUGUGCAGUUACUAGUGGUCACUUUUAUGCAGACCUAUAACUAAUAGGAGCAAGCUGAGCAAGGAAAAAUACAAAAUGUAACAUUUGAGGAGAAAAGGAACACGGAAAGUGUCAACAGUUUAAAGGAAAGCAAGACCCUACCUAACUAAGCUUCCUGUUUGUAAAAAAGAAUUAAAGAAAAGUGAAAGGGAAUUAAAGAAACGUUUAGGGCAAAGCAUGGUAGUGUACACUUUUAAUCCCAGAGUUUAAGGUUAGCCUGGUCUGCAAAGCAAGUUGCAGGACAGCCAUGCUUAUGCAAUGAAGAAAGUUUCUAAAACAGAAAGAUAGUGAAAAAUUAUUUGAAUGAGGGCCCCAGCCAACAACAUAUCAUGGUGGCUUUGGCUAUGUGGUUCUGGCUGUAAAGUCAAGGAUACAAGAAAGGGGUCAUGGACUCUUCUGUUGUGGCUAGGAAAAGCUAAAGAGGCCAGACAUGUGUCAGGAGUGUCCCUGCAUGGAGACCUAGAGAGGUCAUUGUGUGAAGCUAUGAAGGUGAAGCCUGGAUUGCCUUGAAGACCCCAAAAUGUUGGAGAUACCAGAGCUGUGGGAUACCUUCAAAGGAGAGCUGCUAACAGAGAAUGGAAUCAGUCCAUGAGAAAGAGGCAUAUUGCAGUCAACAAAGAUGAAAGGAGUUGGAGGUCUGAAGAAUAUUUUAACUUCAGACAUGGAGAUACAGAGUUUGCCCAGAUAGUUUUUGAUUCAGAAUUUCUUCGAUGCUCCCCUUUAUAUUUAUAAUGUAUAUCCUAUGACAUUAUAUUGAGGCCCACAGAGAAGAACAACAAACAGAACUCAUGGGAUGUGGCACAAUCAUGAUGGGUGUGCCUCAGAGAGGCAGAGCUCCAAGGACUAGAUGUCUUGAGGACUUGAUGCUGUUAUGGAAAUCGCUCUAUAGUUCUCUCAAACAUCAUGCUGCUCCUAAACUAUGAGUUGUAUGAAAACUCUAAGGGGUCUCCCAGCCCCUGACUGGGCAGUAUCUUUGACACUUAGCAAUAAUAGUGAUUGAUCUUUUUCAAGCUUUGCUGCUGGUGCAGAUGAAUGAUUCAUUUAUAAACCUCAGUAAGACUUAGAGUUAUACAUGUCUAGUAACAUUCACCACCCUUAGAAAGAAUUUGGAGAUAUGGAUUGUUAGGAAAGUUAGGUUAAGAUGUUUUUGCUAGUAUAUUUGAUAUAGAAAAUUUUAGAGAACAAUCUGAAGUCCAGAAAGGAACAUUCUUAAUAGUUGGGCUAGGAAAAUUUUGAGGUCAGGGGAUAAGAACAAUGGAAGCCCAACAUUGGCUGACAUGCCUCUCUUGCUAAAGCUGGGCUAAUGAUCAAGGUGAUGAUUAAUUUCAUGUACUCAUUUUUGCCCUCAGCUUCCUGGUAUUGAUUAAAUAAAAAAUUGUUAAUGAGUAGAUGUGCACCCUAAGGAUUUAAAGUAGAAGUGACUGAUUUUUUCUAUAAAAAUUUAGAUUUGUGAUUCCUUUAAGAUUUUUAUAAGAUUACUUUUUAAGAUAAAAUUAUUCUUUCUUUGCAACUGCAAAUUUCUGCCUGCCAGUAAAAGAAACUGGCUGAGAAAAUUAGCCUGCUUGCUUAUACUUUGUUAAUAUAUAACAAGUGCUUGCUUACAAAUGCAUGUGGGUUUUUGAAAAUAUUUUUUAAUACAUGAUACAUAAAGCAUUUGAUCAUGAGAUGAUAUAGGGGGACACUUUUUUUCUUUUCUUUUUCUAUGUAUACUCACUGUAAUUUUUCACUUAAAGAAAAAUGGAAUGUUGUCACAUUGUAAUUUUUAUCCUGCUUGAGAGAUUUUGGUGAGUCACAUAAGCUAUGGGGGAAAAUAAAGUUAAGAGAACUUGUAUAAUAAUUAAGAAGAUUCUGUAUCUGUGUGUUCUGCUGACUCCAUGCCCCCUACUUCAGACUCUGAUGUGUCAAAGCUGGAUAUCCUUAUAUGUUGGAAGUAUGUGAUCUGCUUUUUGAUUUUGAUUUUACAGGAAUUAAAGUUAAAAGAAUGGAUGAGUCUCAGAAGAAGCUUUGAACUUUGGACUUUCAAACAAGUUUGAGAUUGUUAUAGACUAUGGGGACUUCUGAGAUUGGAGUCAAUGCAUUUUGCAUUAUGAUAUGGCUAAAUCCUAUUGGGUCCAGGAAGUAGAAUGUGGUAGUUUGAACAAAAUGGCCCCUAUAGGCCUAUUGGGAGUUGGACUAUUAGGAAGCUUGCCCUUGUUGGAGUAAAUAUGGCCUUGUUGAAGGAAGUGUGUUUCAUUUACUUUUUUGCUGCCUGAGGAUCAAUAUGUAGAACUCUCAGCUACCUCUCUAGCACUAUGUCUGACUGCAUGCUGCCAACUUUCUUCCCAUGACAAUAAUGGACUAGAACUCUGAACUGUAAGCCUGCCACAAUUAAAAGUUUUUCUUUAUAAG